UUAUAAAAAUUAACAUUUAUCAAUAUAAUAAAAAUGUAGCAUCCUGUAUAAAUACAUAUGAUUAUCUUCAAUUUGUAAUGUCAGAUUUGUCAUAGAAAAUUCCAGUGAUUAUAAAAAGAAUCUGAAAUGAUAGAAAGAAGAACUAUUAAAAAGUCUGAUCAAGACACAAUAGAAAAACCAUCUUCAACUAAGAAAUCAUCCUGUAAAAGUCGGUUUUGUAGUCGUGAACCCCCAGAACCAUUACCUGAAGUUAAAGAACGCAUGCAACCUUUCAUCAUGGAUAAUGAUAAACUUCAGAAGUAUAUGGAAAUAUUAUUAGAAAACAUAAAUAAGGGAUUGAAAAAGGCUACCAACCCUUCAGCCAUUGUAAAGUGUUUCCCUACUUAUGUUCAAGAUCUUCCGGACGGAACCGAGACUGGAAAGUUUCUUGCUUUGGAUUUGGGUGGUACAAAUUUUCGAGUACUUUGUAUUGAACUAGAUGGUGACACCUGCGAAAUGGCUUCAGAGAUUUUCGAGAUACCGCAAGCGAUAAUGGUGGGAACCGGUUCACAACUGUUCGAUCAUAUUGCGGAGUGCAUGCACAAAUUUCUAACAGAGUUGGGCAUGGAGGAAGAAGUUUUACCUCUGGGUUUCACUUUUAGUUUUCCUCUUCAGCAACAAGGUUUGACUGUUGGAUAUCUGGAAAGAUGGACCAAAGGUUUUAACUGUUCUGGAACCGUUGGUCAAAACGUAGUCGGUAUGAUGGAUGAUGCAAUUGAACGACGAGGGGAUCUGAAAAUUAAAAUGUGUGCUAUUUUAAAUGACACUACAGGGACACUGAUGUCAUGUGCGUGGAAACAUGAAGGAACUGCCAUUGGUUUGAUUAUAGGUACCGGAAGUAAUGCUUGUUAUAUAGAGCAACAAGCUAACGCUGAAUUGUUUGACGAACCUGACAUGGGUUCCGGUAAUGUAAUAAUAAAUACUGAAUGGGGUGCUUUUGGAGAUGAUGGUGCUAUAAACUUUAUCAGAACUGAUUAUGAUCUUGAGGUGGACAAGAAUUCAAUUAAUGCACAACGUCAAGUACAUGAAAAGAUGAUCUCUGGAAUGUACAUGGGAGAAUUAGUGAGAUUGGUCCUCGUGGGUCUUAUACAAGAUGGAAUAAUGUUCUCUGGCAAAGGAUCAGAUCUUAUUAAUCAGAGGGAAAAAUUCUUAACGAAAUACGUAACAAAAGUUGAAUCAGAUCCACCUGGAAGUUACCAAAAUGCAGCAGAAGUUUGUCAGAAAAUGGAAUUAACUCAUGCCUCAGAAAUUGACUACAUAAAUUUGAGAUACGUCUGCGAAUGUAUUUCAACAAGAGCCGCCUAUUUAUGUGCUGCCGGUAUGGUAACAUUGUUGCAUAAGAUGGGUAAGCCGAACGUUACAAUAGGCAUUGAUGGAUCUUUAUAUCGUUUCCAUCCUACUGUUCACAAUAACAUGGUAGACAAAAUGACGGAAUUAUGUGAUCCGAAGAUAAAAUUUAAACUGAUGUUGUCCGAAGAUGGUAGUGGAAUAGGAGCAGCAUUGGUUGCAGCUGUUGCAGUAAGAAAACAAGGAGAGGAAGAAUAAAAUUAGAAAAACUAUUCAGAUUUUCUUCAUUAUUGGAGGUGUUCUACCUGCUCCCAAAGUGCUUGCUGAAUACUUAUAGAAAUAUAAAAAAAUAUAUUAAGAACUAAUUUUCUAUUAUAAUGAAUUGAAGAUUACUUUAUUUAAAAUUUUUAAAUAACCGUGUAAAACAUGUUUCCACAAUCAAAAUAGUAAAUCAUAAUUUUCUUAAUAA